AUGGCUAAUCAGAUACGUGACACCCAAUUUGGCCAGCUUGUACGUUUUGUAUCGAGGCACAAACUUUUCAGAUAUCCCGACGAAGACGAUGCUUCGUUAUGGAAACGCUGUCUCCAAAGGGAUACCAGUUCGACAGCCACGCCGCAAGAGGAGCAAGCUAACCAACUUUCUGGAGGUGUCUGUUUGACUCCUGCUGCCGAAGAUGGUCGAGAUACAUAUCUAGUAGAGUGGUAUGGGCCUGACGAUCCGGAGAAUCCGCAAAACUGGCCUGAGAAAUGGAAGCUGGUGGUUGCUUUCGUAAUGUGUCUCCUCAACUUCUCCUUCUAUAUUGCGAGUUCGAUAUACGUCCCCGGCAUACCGAGUAUCAUGGAGGACUUUGGCGCCAGCGAGAUCGUUGCAACGCUAGGGCUCUCGCUUUUUACCCUCGGAUAUGGGCUAGGCCCUAUGCUUUGGUCCCCAAUGUCGGAGAUCCCCCAACUCGGACGCAGCCCGCUGUAUUUUUGGACGUUCCUCGCCUUUAUCCUGCUUCAACUUCCAACCGGAUUCGCUGUCAACAUGCCCAUGUUCCUUGUUUUCCGAGCUCUUACUGGCUUCGUCGGCAGCCCUCCAUUGGCGACUGGAGGUGCCACAAUCAUCGACAUGUAUGAUCCAGCUCGUGCUGGAUACGGCAUAUGUAUCUUUUCAUCAUUUGGGGUGCUCGGUCCCGUCUUUGGUCCGAUCAUUGGUGGUUUCGCGGCCCCAGCUGAGGGGUGGAGGUGGACAAUUUGGAUAUUCACGUGGCUAUGCGCGCUUGUGCUCAUCCUGUUGUUUUUCUUGCUACCCGAGACCAGCGCCGCGAAUAUUCUGUACAGGAGAGCCAAAAGAAUACGGGAACUAACCGGAGACAAUCGGUUUAGGAGCCAGUCCGAAAUCGACGCCGCGCAUCACACUGCGAAAGAUCGUUUGAUUGUCCUUGGCCGAGCGUUCACGUUGACUUUCUCAGAGCCUAUCGUCUUCUUCAUAGAUCUGUAUUCGGCCCUCCUAUACGGAGUUUUGUUCCUGUGGUUCGAAUCGUUCCCUCUGGUCUUUGGCGGUAUUUAUGGAUUUAGUGCCAGCACAGAGGGGCUAGCAUUCCUGGGUAUCUUCAUUGGUGCUCUUGUUACUGUACCUUUCUUCCUGAUCUGGAUUAAAUACGGAAUAAUUCCGAAAUUCGCUAAACCGUCAUUCAGGCCGGAAAUGGUCCUCCCACCGACAUUCGUAGGGGCUGUCACCCUGCCGAUCUGUCUUUUCUGGUAUGGCUGGACAGCUCGGGAAAGCAUUCAUUGGAUCGUUCCUAUCAUCGGCUCCAGUCUCUUUACCGUAUGUGUAGUCACAAUAUUCAACACGGUAUUCAACUACCUAGGGAUUUCAUAUCCCACUUAUGCAGCGUCGAUAUUUGCAGGGAAUGCGUUAUUCCGUGCCUCGUUUGGCGCGUCGUUUCCUCUCUUUGCCCGAGAACUCUUUCGCCAACUUGGGAUUGGCCCCGGCAAUUCGCUCCUUGGGGGGAUUGCAGUAUGCUUUAUCCCUAUCCCUUUCGUUUUUCAUCGGUAUGGUGUAAAGAUCCGACACAAGAGCAAGAAUGCCCGACACGAUAUCUAA